CCUGCCGCAACGCAGCAGUGAGCGCGCCUUCUACCUCUAAUAGGGGUGUUCGCGUAUCCCCGGAAGAUCGGUUGGACAUUACCGACAGCCAUGACUCCGAUUCGAUCCGAUCGUUGAUCUCCUAGCGCGCGCGGGUGAUCGAUUAUAUCGCGAUCUACAGUGACAAGUGUAUUCGUGUGAGUGAUUCCACAGCGGAAAGACAUAUACUACCCCUCAUGGGGUGCUGUGCGCAUCCUGGAGAAAACUUGCCACCGUCGGCACUGAUUCAAAGUGCGAUCUGGUGAAUGGAAUCACGCGGCAGAGAAAUACUUUUUCCUAAAGAAAGAUACGAAACGUAAUUGCGAAUGAAUAAACGUUACGUGUAUAGCAAAUGAUAGAUGAUUCUUUUUCUCUGACAAUCGAUAUAAUCUUCAUCUGUACCUGAAAUCUCGGAUUAAUAAAUUUGCCGGAUAAGAGUCGAGAGGAAUCGGAGAUGCGAACGCUUUGGCGGUUUUUUUAUAAAAUUACCUUUUUAUUCUCGGAACACACUCGCGUGAUUAUAAUCGGUUAAGAACGGUGUGAAUUUUUUGCGGAGGUUGAAGGAUGCAUAACAGGAAGUGUAAAACCGGUAACACCGAUAUAUCAAAGUGCAACGUAAAAUGUUUCCGUGCGUAAAGUACGAUGGCGAUAACUCUUAACCUCGAGGGUACCCUUUAACACCCGAUGUUAUCGCCCGAUACAGCAAACGCGAAGUCCAUCUAACGCUUAUCGAUUUUUCCGUCCCACGUUUCUCGAAAACAUCAUUACGUCAUUAUUGUUGGGCGAUGACGGAGGAGCAGAACACGGGCCGUUCGCGCGUAUGAGACUUAGUGGUGUAUGAAGUAAACGCCAAUAGACUGUGUAUAUAUAUGUGCGGAGUAUGUACAAUUACCCGAUCGAAUAACCCCAUUAGAGACGUUGAAGUCUGCGUACAUAAAUAACGCGCGUAAUUGCACGGAGCGCUUAAGGAGUUACACGACUUACUUAUAAUCCUCAGUUUUACGCCGAGAGUCUGCCUCGGCGUAGGCAGCUAGGUAGAUACCUUACGUGCUCCGUGAACUGCACUUAAGCCUUCUCUCAAAGCGCAGCCGGGUCGUACUCUCUCAUCGUCUUCGUCGCUAGUUAUCGUUAAAAGUCUUAUCGAACGUUUUUAUCGGAGGAAUCGAAUUUUGCCGGGAUCAGAUCGAUCAUGUAUUCAUGUCUUCCACGUCUCGCGACGAGAUGCGUCUGUUGAAACCGAGAUUUCGCGCGACCUGACGAAUCUCUCUCCUUCUCACUCCCUCUCUCUUUCUCUCCGCGGAUUCGUCUUAUUGAAACUUAUCAAGCCACGUCGGGGCAUCCACUUAAGGACCGGGAUUCAAGGAGGACGGGAUAUCUGCACGAGGGAUUGGAGGAGAGCUAAGGAUUCAUUUCGCUUACAAUGAAGAGGAUGCUUUUGCUGAUGAGCUUGCUGGCCCGGUUCGUCGUAGCGGAAGUUCUGCUCGGCGACGUCGACGAGCCACUGCCGAUAUUAAACGUUAUCGCGGUGGCCGGUCACAAAGUUCAGAUACCUUGUAACAUCGAUCCACCGAUUAAAGGCGAGACGGUCAUCAUGGUAUUUUGGUACAAAGAUGAAAGGGACGACGGGCCGAUAUACAUAAUGGACGCUCGAGCCAAACAACAGAUAGCUCAGCCGAAGCUUUGGUCGGAUCCGUAUGUGCUCGGUGCAAGGGCAGUUAUGAAGAUGGAUAUAAAGCUCGCUAAACUGCAAAUAAAUCCAUUGGAGUCCACGGAUGGUGGAGUGUAUAGAUGCAGAGUGGAUUUCAAGGAUAGUCCGACGAAGAAUCAAAAGAUUAAUCUUACAGUCAUAGUGCCACCGGACAAGCCGAUGAUAUUUACCGACGACAGGAGGACUCUGCCUAAAGUACCGCAGCCAUUUAAUGAAGGAAGCGAGAUAUCUUUAUUGUGCGAAGUGAUCGGAGGGUCGCCUCCGCCAAAGGUUACGUGGCAUUUUGAAGGCAAAGUUCUAGACGACUCAUAUAUACAGAAACACGAGGACAUAACGAUAAAUCAACUGAAUAUACGAAAGGUUACCAGGAAUUUUCUGAGAUCGAGGCUAAUUUGCAAGGCGAGCAAUACUCAACUUAUACCGCCUGUGACUUCUGAGAUCAUUUUGGAUGUAAAUCUGAAACCGCUGAUAGUCAAUAUUACGAAUAAGCGAUCGCAUUUGUCGGCUUUAAGAACCUACGAGAUCGAAUGUGUCAGUUGGGGUUCUAGACCGGAGGCGGUGAUCACUUGGUGGAAAGGGGCCCAUCAAGUCAAACACAUGGCUAGAAAUUUCGCAGAUAAUCCGAACAUCACGAGAAGUGUGCUGAGCUACGUGCCGACCAUCGAGGACGAUGGAAAGUUUCUGACGUGCAGAGCGGAAAAUCCCGUGGUACCUAACAGUGCCUUGGAGGAUAAGUGGCUUCUGAUAGUGUAUUACGUGCCGGUGGUGAGCAUUAAGUUGGGUUCUAGUUUGAAAGCAAACGAUAUAAACGAGGGUGACGACGUCUACUUUGAGUGCGACGUACGAGCCAAUCCGAAGGCUUACAAGCUACUUUGGUUCAAAGAUAACAAGGAGUUGCAUCAGAACACUACCGCGGGGAUUAUUCUUCCCGGCGAACAAUCUUUAGUAUUGCAGAACGUGAAGAGAGCCUCCGCCGGAGAAUAUUCUUGCAUGGCAGUCAACGUCGAAGGAAAGUCCAUCAGCAGAUCGGUGACCCUCGAGGUGAUGUACGCACCGAUCUGCAAGGACGGCUCUUCCACCCAAGUGGUCGGCGCCCUGAAGCACGAAACGAUCUCGCUAGUCUGCGGCGUACAGUCGAAACCGCCGCCCACGACCUUCCACUGGACGUUCAACAACUCCGGGGAGCUGAUGAGCGUACCGGCCACCAGAUUCGCCCAGGUCAAACCGCUCAGUCUGAUCACGAACUCCUGGCACGGCUCCAGACUGAAUUACACACCGCAGAACGACAUGGACUACGGCACGGUCGCCUGCUGGGCGAAAAAUCGGAUAGGGGAGCAGAGAACGCCCUGUCUCUUUCAGAUCAUCGUCGCCGGGAAGCCUUACCCCUUGCAAAACUGCACGGCUCUACAGUCGACCGGACCCUACGCGCAUCGAAUGGGUCACGAAGACUUUAAAGCCACCGACUCGAGGGACGCGGACUGGCUGAUCGUCAGGUGUUCCGAGGGAUUCGACGGUGGUUUGCCCUUGACUAAUUACGAGCUGGAGGUCUACAGCGAGGAGAACGUUUAUCCUGCCAAUACCAUCUACCUGAAUCACACCGAUAGAUCCGGCUCAUCCGGCCCAGUUUUCGAAGUUCCCGGUUUAGAACCGGGACGGAAUUACAGGCUCAAUCUUUAUGCCGUCAAUGCCAAGGGUCGGAGCGAUGCCGUCGUCCUGGAACCGGUUACCCUCAAAGGAGUAGCGAUGUACACCACUGGCCGCGGGAUCUCGGAGGAGACGACCGAUUACAGCCUGCUGGUCGCGUGUUUCGCCGGCGGUGUUACCGCCAUUUUCAUCCUGAUCAUCGGGAUAACGUUGACCUUGUAUCGCCGCAACCAUACGUCCCAGGCGACCAAGAGCCAAACAAUGACGGCGACGUCAACAGCGGCGGCGACGGCGGCGACUACGGAGGGAUCGCAAUACGAAGGUAAGGAAAACCGGCCGACGGCGCCGCCGGCGACGAACGCCCAGGCUCACCGGGAUGGGCUGAAGGAGCGGAUAAACGCGGCGGAAUCCUUCCCGGACGACGAUCCGGACGUGAUACCGAGCAAGGCCGUCGAGAGACGGCCGGACAUCUUCGAGCCGGGCUACGCGUCCGGUAAACUAAAGUCUGAGCGAGCGAAGGAUGCCUUCAGGUGUCUGGAGGAUCUCGAUUAUCCUUCGCCGGCGUCGGUCCUGCACGCCAAGGACACGUGGAUCUACCCGAACGGCUACACGGUGAGGAACGAGAGCGGUUUGAGUCCGGUACGGCCGAGCACGCUGCCGGUGCAUCGCGCCCAUGACAUCUACACGAGGAGUUUGCGUGUACAGGAGAGUUGUAUAUAAGGACGAAGAGAGAGAGAGAGAGAGAGACGGAGACGUCGUUGUAUUUCCUGCCCGCAUUUGGUCCGGGCCCUUCGAUGCUCGCCAAAUCGUCGUGAACGCGAUUAACGACGCUUGUAAAUAGACAAUAAAUAUCGUUAAGGACCUUCCUCUUCCACCCUCAUCGACAUUCCUAUUCUUGUUUUUCACCUAGGGAUAAGAUAUGUAGCCGUUAGCCUUCGUUUUAAGGAAAAACGUGAUACAUAACUUGGAACGUCAUCGAUCGAGCGCGAUCAACGUGUACAGAGAGAGAGAGAGACAAUAAUUUUCGUCGUUGAAUGAUUCUUCGUUACACCCUCUGUCUCUUGUUCUGAAGCCUUCCCCAUAAGAAAAGUUAAAGAUGAAGAAAAAAAAAAGAAAAGAAGAAGAAACUAUCCGCGCGAAUGUCUGGAAAAGCGUAUAUGUUUUGUCUACGGAUGUUUCGUCGUGCUUUCGUGGUUAAUUAAAUGGUCAAAUGGAUAUGUGUGUGUAAACGUUUGUAUAUACGGAUAAUAAAUCUUGUUGUUUAAUAUGUA